CUCUACGGGGUUUUCGCAAUUCGACGAUAUUUUUCUUCUCCCUUUCACUUCCCCAAUUCACCACGGCCCGAAUUAGCGUUAUUCCUUAGACUUGAAAAUGACAACUAAUGGCACAGAGGCGCUGCUCGACGACGAGCUAAGCGGACUGCUUUCGAGCAGCGGAGCGCACGAGCUCGGCACACAGGACCUGCACAACGACCUGGAGGGUCUGUCGGAGGUGGGACGGGCGAUUUCGCCGCGGGAGGCGAGGAUGGCGUUCCCGACCAACAUAAGCAUGACGCCGGCAGGAGUGGCGCGGCGGCGAGCGCGGCCGGCAUCGGCAGAGCCCGCAAGCACAGGGACGCGGCGCGGGCAUCCCUCGGACGGGUCGCUGACGCACAUGUCUGACAGCGUGUGGCAGCUGCAGGGCCACCGGCUGAGCGUGCCGGAGGGGAGUGGGCGGCAGGAAAUGCUGACGAUGGAUUUUUCCUCACACUCGACGACGCAGCGGCCAGCGAUUCCGUCGGCAGCACAGGCUGAAAGCCAGGGAUGGGCGCAAAACGAAGCGGCGACAGAGUCGGGCGAGCGGCUGCCGACGUUCAGCUCACCGCAUGGCGAGCAGCCAAGCACAUUGCAUUACGAGCAGGGCGGGCAGAGGAAGAAGAAGAAAAAGAAGGUGCGGCGGGAGCGCAACCAUAGGACGAUCCUGGACCGGAUCGAGAAUGGGUUUACCGAGCAGGAGCUGCAGGAGGCGAGCCAGGACACGUCGACAGACUCGGAGGAGAGGUUCAACAUGCAUGGAAUUAUGACGGCGUUCACGAGCGCGCGGCUGUCGGAUGCCAGCCUGAGCCCAUUGACUGAGGACCAGUCGAUUGUCGAGCAGCGGCGCAACGAACUGCAGCAGCGGAUUGAGUCGCUGGACAAUGAUAUUGACAAUGAUAUUGACAAUGAUGACUGGCAGCGGCAGCAGCAGCACCAACAGGUGUCAUACAGCCAGCUGCGACAGCGGUUUCUUAAUGGUCCGCAGUCAUCAUCGGUUCAGUCGCCAGUGGUAGCACAGGAUAUUCCCACAGGCAGUCCCUACCCGAUGUAUGCAGGGCUAGAGAUUGAGUAUCCGGCGCGGCGGCUGGGCAAGCGGUACUUUUCGACGCAGACAUAUGACCACCCGAACAUUGAGAGCCCGUACUCGUCGUCGGCGGAGUCGUCGAUGGGACCGGCUGACCGGGCGAUUGAGGAGUACUGGCAGGCGCAGCAAGCAGCCGAGAUGCAGGACAAGCUAUCGCACCACAAUCCUGGGCACUGAUACCGAGUCUGACGACAGCCGGCGCAUAGGCGACUAUGCGAUAGCAUCGGCGGGAGACCAGCGGACGGAGGAUAUUUCGCAGCCUCUGGAAACAGCAGAUCUUGGCGAGAUAUC